CCAUUCGUUGCCAUGGCGCAACCUUUCGACGAGAAUCCCAAGGUCGCCGGUGGGAACGGCGGCGAGCGAGUGGUCACUGACAGCAAGGAUGAUCGCGAGAAGGGCGUGGCAUGGGAAAACGACCUCAACAUCGCAGGUGAGGACGCCACCCUGGUGCUCUUGACGGAUCUCCAUCACCACCCCAGCUACGACGCCGCCAUCAGCGCCAAGUGCCUCUGUCGUGCUGACGCUGCCGGCAGCCCGCGUGAGCUGUGCAAGGCAGACAGUGCCCCCUAUGGUCGCCUCGGCUGCAACGCGCCAUCCAGUCUGGUGGAUCUUUCCUUAAAGGCGGCUGCCAAGGAGGAGCCACAGCUCUGGUUGAUCCUGGGAGAUUUGGCAGAUCACUGGGCCAACCAACCCACCGAUUCGCCCUAUCCGCCCAAGGCACCUGGCUUCACCACCUUCUCUGACACUUUGCGUCGGGUGGGAGAAGCUAGUGGAGGCCGCUGUGCACUCGCACUUGGCAAUAAUGACGUUUUUCCCAGCUAUGGAGUGGACUUUACCAAGAAGGACUUCUAUCUGUCCGAAGCCAUGGAGCUGAAAAAGCACUGCCAGAUCCCCGCGGAUGCCUUUCUCACCCUAAAGAGGUAUUUCUACUAUUCCAUGAAGCUUGGCGACAAGAUGUCGAUCCUCUUCCUGAACACCGUGAUCUAUGCGAGCGUCAAGAAAGACUUGCACGCCAGCGAGGCGAGCGACCCCUUCGGGCAAUUCGGGUGGCUAGAAGACCAGCUGAAACGAGCUGUCAAGGCAGAAACCAAGGUUUACAUUGCGGGGCACAUCCCUCCAGUAUUGUCAUCCUACAGCUCAACGGAUUUGUGGCAAAAGAAGUUCGUGGUGAUGUACUGGCACCUGAUGUCUACGUACCGAGAGGUCAUUGCUGGACAGUUCUUUUCACACAUCCACCGAGAUGAAUUCCGAGUGGUGGAUUUGAAGGAUUCCUCGCCGCCACUGAUGCUCUUUGCCUCUGUGAGUCCUGUGCGCGACAACAACCCGGCCUUCUACAAACUGCAGCUGCGCAAAGGGCAGCUCUCGAAGAUUCAGGGCUUUUGGGCUGACCUUUCAAAGGAGACUCCGGAAUUUACCAGGGAAUACUCUGCGCCACCAUCUUUGGUGGAGAGUCUGAGUAAUCUGGCGUAUCGAGACUUAGCCUUCUCCUUUACAGAUGGUUCCGACGAAGGGGAAGAGAAGUGGCAGAAAUUCUUUGCGCAGAGUGCAGUGCAGAGAUUGGGCACCACGCUCUGUGACAACGUGACCAAGUUUGAUGCGGUGAGUUGCAGCGAGUGUAUUGGCCAGUGCCGCGAGAGGGCGGUUUGCACUUUGCUCUACGGCAUUUCAGCCAGCAGCAAGCAAUACUGCGUAGAAGACCAGCUCUGGAAGAAGCAUCAAGAGCUUAAGGCGACAGAGGAACUGAUGACUGUGGCAGAGGUUCUUCUCUUCAGCGUGGCUCUGUUGAUCUUGGGCCUGUGCUAUCUCCAAUACCGGCGCUGCAAAGCUCGGCGUCGCCGCAUUGGCGAAGACCUGUCCCUGGCUGGACAGGUGGAGCUGGGACCUGUGGACGAAUCGAACGAAUCGAACGAAUCGAACGCCGCGGCGUGAAAA